AACAAUGACAGUUAUAGCCUACAAAGUUGGAAGUUUCUUGUCCGGUUUGGUCUUUCCCGCCAAUAUUACUUUAGUUUUUAUUUUUUUUAUUUUAUUUUUAUAAUUUCCUUUGUUUAUUUAUAAACAAAAUAGAAAUCUAAUUGGUUUUUAUAUUUUUGAAGUCUUUUGUGAAUUGCGUUGUUUAUUAUUGUAUACCUAAUUAUUCUAAAGAAGAAAUGUUUCGUGUUCACUUUAUUUAAAUCAUUGUUUUGGAGUUCCCAGGGAUUUGUGUUAUAAAUCAACAUGCCUUCUAUUGUUGAGACUGAUGACACUGGUGAAAAGUGUAAUGUUUCUGGUGUCACUGUUUCAUCUAAAGAUGAUAGUUGUGGACCUAAAAAUGAGAAUAGUGCUUAUUCAUCUAAUUUAUCAAUAAUACCGUCUCAACUAUCUCUACAACAGUCUACAUGUAAUGCAAAACAGUUGACUAUUAAAAGUAUGUUCUCAAUGAAGAGGGCUCGAAGUCCAACAGACAAUCAGGAAAAGAGUCCUAAUCAGAAAAAAAUAAGAAGUAAUGUUGAUCAAAAUAAAAAUGAAGUUGAUAUGAUAGAAAAGAAUCCUGGUGCCAUGAUAGUAGCAGAAACUGCAAAACUAUAUUCUAUCAAUGAAUCUAAUGUGGAUAUUGAUAAAGAGACUGGAAAAAGUGAUAGUAUGACACAACAUAUUGAUGAUAAUACUGAUAAAUCUGACACUAGUGGGAAUAAUGUUAAUGAAAUUAAACAAAAUCAAGAUGGACUAUAUCUGAACUCAGAACUAAAAAGUUUCGAUAAUAUUUCAAAUGUGGAAAAAUGUGAUAUUUGUGGGCAAUUUCUAAAUAAUUCUGAUAUUAUCUAUUAUCAAGGACAUCCACAAAAUGCUGUGGAAGAAUUCAUAGCAUUGACAAAUGAUAAAUUAGUUUUAACGUCUGGUGAUGAAGGUGAUAUUAUGGAAAGACCUCAAACUAAUAUAACAGGAUUCUCAAUUUUUGAUGAACAAGGCCAUCUUUGCCCUAUAGAUUGUGGUCUUAUAGAAAAUGAUGUUCGUAUUCAUAUGUCUGGAUAUUUAAAAUCAAUUUGUUCUGAUUCCCCGGAUAUAGAUGAAGAGUCCAUUCCCGUUAAAGAUGUGGGUCCUAUAAUUGAAUGGUUUAUCCAUGGAUUUGAUGGAGGUCAGAAAAAUUGUAUUACAUUAUCUACUGAAUAUGGAGAAUAUAAUUUGUUAAAACCCAGUGAUGAUUACACACCUCUUAUGAAUAAUUUGUAUGAAAAAAUUUGGUUGAGUAAAGUUGUAGUAGAAUACUUAGAGGAGUAUCAUUACUUACAACCAACAUAUGAGGAUUUGUUGGAAGUGCUUAGAGAAGCCACAAUUCCAGAAUUGAAUGAUAAGCAAAUGAGUGAAGAAAUGCUUCACAAGCAUGCACAAUUUGUAUGUGAUCAAGUAGUUAAUUUAGAAACUGAUGAAGAUGAUGAACCUUUAAUAACUUUACCAUGUAUGCGAGAAUUAAUUAAAUUAAUGGGUAUAAAGUUUGGAAAACGCAAAUUUAAAACAAAAAUAGACUAUAAAAAAGUGGAUAAAAAGGCAUGGACUAGAGCCACUACAACGCCAUUAGUAAGAAAGACUUUUGAAAGCUUUUUCACUAACCAACUAGAUAAGACUAACUAUGAAUUAGUCUUAAGAAGAAAAAGAUGUGGCAUUUGUGAAGCUUGCCAACUGCCAGAUUGUGGUGAAUGCAAUGCUUGUAAAGCAAUGGCUAAAUUUGGUGGUCAUGGUCGCACUAAAAAAGCAUGUGUUCGUAGAUUAUGUCCUAAUAUGGCAGUAGAACAAGCUAACGACUCUGAACCCGAUGAUGAUGAAGAGUAUGAAAAAAUGGCUGAAAAGAAACAUCAAGAUAAAAUAGAUGAUAUUGUGCCUGUUAAGUUGACUGGAAAUAAUAGAAAAAUUAAAUGGAUUGGAGAACCCAUUAAAGCAGAUGCAACUAAAAUUUAUUAUGAAAAGGUGGAAAUUGAAGGCUCUGAACUGCAGAUUGGAGACUAUGUUAUGGUAGAGACAUCUCAACCAAAUAUACCUGCUUUGGUCGCAAGAGUUGUGUAUAUGUGGAAAGAAACAGUUAAUCCAAAAUUAGGAUUUUUUCAUGGAGAAAUAUUUAUUAGAUCUUCUGACACAGUUUUAGGUGAAGUAGGCGAUCCUAGAGAAGUAUUUCUAGGAGAUAGAUGUUGUCAUGGAGCUCCACUCUCUUCAAUAUUAAGAAAAGCUUAUGUUGAAAAACAUCAAACAGCUACUGAUUGGUUUAAGCUUGGAGGGAAAGAAAUUGUCGAUGACAAUUUUGAAGAUGAUGGAAAAACAUAUUUUUAUAAGAAAUAUUAUGAAAGAUUUACCGCACGUUUUGAAGAUCUUCCAGAAGAUCCACAGUGUCCUAAUGAAUUAAGAAAACAUAGAUUUUGUCCAUCAUGUGAACGUAAAACAAAAAGAGAUUCAAAAAAUAUACCCAAAAUAUCAGGUAAAUUACUACAAAAAUCUGAAAUUGUGACUGAGACAGAUAGAACUGAAUGGACUAUGGUUACGUGGCAAAACUAUGAAUAUAAAAAAGGAUGUGCAGUGUUUUUAAGACCAGGAACAUUUAAACUAAAAAACAGUUUGAAUAGUUCAAAUAGCAGUAUUAGCCAGAAGAUAGAGAAAGUAGAUGAAGAUAUUUAUCCUGAAUAUUACAGAAAAAGUGAUAAUAAUUUGCGAGGUUCAAAUAUUGAUACGGGUGAACCAUUCUGUGUAGGCUAUAUAGCAGCCGUGAUAGCUGCAGGCGAUGGACCCCUUAUUGUACCCCAAGAUAUUUACCUUAAAGUAAAUGUAUUGUAUAGACCUGAAAACACAAAUUCCAGAUUUCCCCAACAUGAAGAUCUUAAUGUUGUUUAUUGGAGUGAUGAAAUACGAGAAGUGUCUUUUUCUGCUGUAGUGGGACCUUGCCAUUUAAUUUAUGAACCAAAUGUACCCCAAAAUUGUACAUUACAAGAUUGGCUAGAAGCUGAUCCAAAUAGAUUCUACUUCAGAAUGGCAUACAAUAAACAAUCUGGUCAAAUUAUAGAUAUACCACAGCAUGCGAUGAGCGUUGGACGUGUUGAUAGAGGAAAAGAUAAAGGAAAAGGCAAAGGGAAAUCAAGUAAACCUAUUAAUCAAAAUAACACUAAAAUUGAAGAUAUUAAAAUAAGGCCUUUGAGAACUUUGGAUGUUUUUGCUGGCUGUGGAGGGUUAUCAGAUGGUCUACAUCAGGCUGGUAUUGCUGAGUGCAAAUGGGCUAUAGAAAAUUUAGAAGCUGCUGCACAUGCAUAUUCUCUUAAUAACAAAAACUGUAUAGUUUUCAAUGAAGAUUGCAAUGCAUUAUUAAAAGAUGCUAUAGAUGGUGUUACACAUAGUCGUGGUGGUUUGCGCCUACCCAAACAGGGUGAAGUGGAAUUGUUGUGUGGAGGGCCCCCUUGUCAAGGAUUCUCUGGUAUGAAUAGAUUUAAUUCGAGGGAAUACUCGAAUUUUAAAAAUUCCUUGGUAGCUUCUUAUUUAUCUUAUUGUGAUUAUUAUAGACCGAAGUACUUUAUUCUUGAAAAUGUACGGAACUUUGUUGCUUUUAAAAAAGGAAUGGUUUUAAAAUUAACGCUCAGAGCAUUAUUAGAUAUGGGCUAUCAGUGUACAUUUGGCAUAUUACAAGCAGGAAAUUAUGGAGUACCACAAACUAGACGUAGGCUCAUCAUUUUAGCGGCAGCACCGGGGUAUAAAUUACCUUUAUACCCAGAACCUACGCAUGUUUUUAGUCGACGCGCUUGCUCUUUAACAACUACAAUAGAUGGAAAAAGGUUUGUUACAAAUAUACAGUGGGAUGACUCGGCUCCUAGAAGGACUUGCACUAUACAUGAUGCUAUGAGUGAUUUGCCACGUAUAUGUAAUGGCGCUAACAAAAUUGAAAUAGAAUAUGGUUCUAUGCCGGAAAGUCAUUUCCAACGUUUGAUAAGAAGUAAGGAUGAAACGGCAAAAUUGCGAGAUCAUAUAUGUAAAAAUAUGGCCCCACUAAUACAAGCAAGGAUUUGUAGGAUCCCCACUACCGCAGGCUCUGACUGGAGAGAUUUACCAAACAUAUCCGUAACAUUAUCUGAUGGAACAAAAUGUAAGGUGCUCCAGUACCGGUACGAGGACAAGAAGAACGGGCGGUCCCGCAGCGGCGCCCUGCGCGGCGUGUGCGCCUGCGCGGCUGGAGGCGUCUGUUCGCCCGCCGACAAGCAGGAGCACACACUUAUUCCCUGGUGCCUGCCGCACACCGCCAACCGCCACAACAACUGGGCUGGGCUUUAUGGCCGCGUGUCGUGGGACGGGUACUUCAGCACGACGGUGACGGACCCGGAGCCGAUGGGGAAGCAGGGCCGCGUGCUGCACCCCGAGCAGCCGCGCGUCGUGUCCGUGCGGGAAUGCGCCCGCUCGCAAGGUUUCCGCGACACUUAUCUUUUCGUCGGCUCCGUGCUCGAUAAACACCGACAGGUCGGAAAUGCUGUGCCGCCACCACUCGGAGCCGCUUUAGGAAGGGAAAUAAAGAAAGCUCUAACUAGCACUUUAAUUAAAGAUCAACUACUAUAAAUCAAUUUAUUGUAACUUUAUAAGCCCGUUGAAAUAAAUUAUGUUAUUGUGGG